AUGGAACAGAAAAUCAUCUUGGCGAGUCUACCUCUAGACUACCUCUCUUCCUCUUCCACUUCCACUUGCUCCUCCUCCGCUGCCGCCACCACCGCCGUGUCUUGUAGUGGAUUGAGUUCACCUCCAUCCACCAAGUCCUCUUCCUCCACCUUGAACUCUUCAUGCAAAUCCCAAAAAAAUAGAAAAACGGUUCAAGGAGAGAGAAGUGGCAAUGAGGACAUUGAUCGCCGUCUUGACCAAAAGUAUUCCCCUUAUCGCGGCGUUCGGAAGCGGAGUUGGGGGAAAUGGGUCUCUGAAAUUCGAGAGCCAAAGAAAAAAUCAAGAAUAUGGCUGGGAACUUAUCCUACAGCCGAGAUGGCGGCUCGAGCUCACGAUGUAGCAGCCUUAGCCAUUAAAGGCCACUCAGCUCACCUCAAUUUCCCUCAUUUAGCUCAUGAACUCCCUCACCCCGUCUCCACUUCACCUAAGGACAUCCAAACCGCAGCUUCGAAAGCGGCGGCUGCCAACACAUUCAGCUACCACAAUCACGGCACCGCCACUGAAGUUGUAGCCAAGCUGCCCAGUUCUCAUUCUUCAACAAAUUUGGCAUUGGACAAUAUUCAAGAAUCGUCCAAUUGCUCAGCUUCAACUGUUGACGAUGACCCAUUUUUUGAUCUACCGGAUCUUUCCCCUGAAGCUUCUUCAUGGCAGCUAGAUGGAGCCGAUAUAGGGUUCCAGCUUGAAGAUCCAUUUUUAUGGGAGUGCUACAUAUAA